AUGCCCCAGCCACUUCUUGAAUGUGAGUUUGCUGGGUUUACCACGAUUUUCGAAAAGGCACUCAUUAUUACAAAGAUUUAUCCUGAUGUCUUCAGGAAAAUCAAAAGAGAGUAUCGGAAAAAUGAACGAAAAGCCAACAAGGAGCUAAUUCAAGAGAACAUUGAUAUAUUAAUAGCCUUAUGUGAGUAUGCAUUAACUGAUGAUGACUGCUCAGAGGCUGAUAAGCGGGUAUAUGAAGAGGUCAGAAAACUCCUCAAUAACCUUAAACCCAAAGAAAUUGCCACAGAUUCUCCAAUGGGCUCAGGAAUAUUGGAUCUUACAAACCGUGGCAACAAGAUUGCAGAGAGGCUUCCACAGGAUGUCCAGGAAACUCUCACAAAGCAUGAGCUCAAGGAAGUAAUCCUUCCAACGGAA